AUGCGGUCAACACGAGAGACUGUGCCGCUUCUGCGCGGGCGGCAGCAGGCCCAGCUAUUGCCCCAGCUCAGCGCUGCCUCGCGGUUCCAGGCCCGCCGGCCGCGCACGAUCGUCGCUCUUCUGGCGUUUAUGGUGUUUUGCGUCUCUGCGAGUGGGACGCUCGCCAGCGUGCCGCAGACGCAGCUCCUCGAGGAUAACAUCUGCAGGCGGUACUACGACAGCGGCGUGCAUGAAGCGGCCAGCGAUGGUGCCAUUGACGAGAGACUGUGCAAGGCUGCGCCAGUGCAGUCCAGGCUGGCGUAUCUUGAUGGCUGGCGCGGCAUGAUUGAGGCCAUCGUCGGUCUGUUCAUGGCUUUCCCGUACGGAGCUCUCGCAGACAAAAUCGGCCGGAAGCCCAUCAUCCUGCUCUCCCUCGUCGGCUUCACCCUCUCCGGGGCGUGGGUCGCCGGCGUUCUCGCCCUCGGCCAGGCCGUUCCGGUGCAGCUCGUCUUGUUCUCUCCAGCCUUUUUCGUCAUCGGCGGUGGCAGCUGCGUGGUGGUGUCGGCGCUCUACUCUGCGGUUUCCGACGUUGCAGAUGAGGACACGAGGGCAACCUCGUUCCUCAUGAUCUCUUUUGGCGGCCUUUCCGGGGGCUUCGUCGGCCCCGUCGUCUCCUCGGCGCUGAUGCAAAUGUCGUCGCCGUGGACGCCCUUGCUGGUGAGCUUCGCGGCCAUGCUCCUGGGAGGGGCCGUCAUGGCGUUCGUGCCCGAGACGAUGCCGCCUCGCAAGGAGGACCCGGACGACGAGCCGCCGAUGCUCGACACGACGGGGUCCAUGAUCCGGCGACACCUGCGCCACUCGGCGGCGCAGCUCGAGGAGUCGCUCAGCAUCCUGCGUCAGCCGGCGCUAGUCAUCGUCCUCGUCGCCUUCCUAUCGCCCGUGCCUAUGGCCAUUGCCAUGAGCCAGCUGUUCGCGCAGUACGUCAGCAAGCGCUUCGACUGGUCGCUCGCCUCGGCGGGCUACCUUCUCUCCGUGCGCGGCAUCGUCAACAUCCUGGUCCUGCUCGUGGUCGUGCCGGGCCUGUCGAGACUACUCCUCUCGCGGGUCGUCUUCCGCAAGGGCCUGUCUGCGACGGGCAAGGACCGUCUCCUCGCGCAGCUCUCCGCCAUUGUCAUGACGCUCGGCUGCCUACUCAUAGCCGGCAACAGCAUCGUGCAGGUCGUUGGCGGGCUGGUCAUCAACACGCUCGGCGCGGGCCUCCCGCCGCUGGUGCGCUCCCUGGCGGCCAACUUUGUCGACAGCCAGAACACGUCCAAGCUGCAGACGCUCAUCGGCAUCACCGAGGCGGUGAGCUCGCUGUUCGCGGGGCCGGCCCUCGCGGGGUUGUUCUCCGCGGGCAUGGCGCGCGGGGGCGCGUGGAUGGGCCUGCCGUACGCGUGCCUGGCGGUGUUUCUGGCCGUCACGACGAUGCCGCUGUUCCUGCUGAGGAUUCCGGCGGGGGAGUGCGCUGAUGCGCAGAGCAUGUCUGAGAGCGGGAGUAUUGCGUGUAUUCGGGGCGUGGAUGGGGAGUGUCUGCUGGGGUUCCGCUGUGCGGCGCAUGUGCCCCUGGAAGACUAUCCGGCGAGGAUGCCGGGGCGGUCGACAUACCGUUAA